AUGCAGAGAGGGAGGGUCACCACCAUUUGCUGCCUCACCCUCUUGACUGGUUUCCUGGUCAUCUGUCUAGGGGCUUUCUUCAUAUCCAUGGGCUCAGGCCCUAACUUCAGGGGGAAACUGAUCCUGGCCUAUUGUUUUUUGCCUCUGGGGUUCCUGAUCCUCUUGAGUGGCAUUUUUUGGAGCACCUACCAGCAGGCAAGCCAAAGCAAGGGCAUCUUCAACAGAGUGCUCAGACAGCAACUAGGGCAUGAGGACCUGCAAAUUCCUACUGUGGACAGGCCAGAUUUUUAUCCUCCGUCUUAUGAAGACAGCAUCGAUCCUGAAAAGCAGAUCUCUCUGCAGCAGAAGACCUUCAACAUUCCACCACCCCUGUAUACUGAGAGCAGCCUAGAAUUCAUGGAUGACACUGACAGCCACGGAGACAUUCCACCAUCUUAUGAAGUUUCAGUGAGUGGCAUGUUGAUGGCAGAGGUGGCUGGUGCAGUAGUAACAGGAGGAGGAGGAGGAGGAGGAGAGGUAGCAGGGGGACAAGGCCAAGAAUGCUUCCCAGGCCCUUGUGACGCAUGUGUACCAAGAGUCAGCUGCUAAUAAUAAAAAUUGUCAAGAGACUUUGGAAGGAAAAACCAUGUCAGUUAUCCCAAGUUAGAGUUAGCAGAGAAGACACCACUUGUGACAAUAGUGGUAUUUGAAAGGACAUGCCAGAGCAUUCGUACAACCCCAUGGUGAUGGCAGGGUGGAUGUUGUAGAGACGGGGUUAGUACUGCACAUGGUCAUUUGAGAAGCUGCCCAAGAACUGAAAAUGGAGGGACUAACCUUUAGCCGGUAAAAGAGAUGCCCAGAGAAACAGCAGUCCCAAGUAUUGCUUGCUUUUUGCAGACAAGUUCACUCGAAGCUAUACAAAUCACUCCUUUCUUUUCUUCUCAAGAAAAAUGCAUAUGAGCCAGUAAAGACCACUAUUGUGACUCUACUUCUUUUACUACCUACAUAUCCAUAAGGGGGAAAGAAGAUAGGAAAUGCAUUGUUAUUGUUGUCUUUCCCUUGGAUGGGGACUGUUUACUGCGUUUAAUAGUUUACCGUCUUACCAGGCAAGCCCAAUUCCACCAAUGCCAUGCCAGCAACAAGUCCCAUUGGACUAUUAUGAUCCAUAUCUUUUUAGGACUUGAUGCGGCCACAAGUCACAUAAAUGUUUAAAGGCAUCAAAGAUAUUAUUGGACAUUCCUUCCUAUGAAGGACAAAUAACUCCUGGAGGAGUAGGGAAUCAAGUUCCUUUUGUUACUGAGUUCUUAGGCCCCAUCAGAGAUAGGAAGAAAAUACUCAAUGUUUUUGUUUUGUUUUGUUUUGUUUUGUUUUGUUUUUUGCUGCUUUGGUUAAUUCUCAGAGGAAGCUACUUCAAGAGACAUAGAUGUUAUUUCCUCUUUUUCUUCACUAAUAACUUCCCUAGGGCUGGACAAAAUGAACUUAUUGCCUUUACAAGACCUUCCCAGCCUGGCCCCAACCUUUUCAGCCUUAUUACACAUUACUCUCUUUCCUGCACACUUUGGUCCAUCCAAAUAAGUCUUCUUGCUGUUCCUUACACAAGGCUCCCCAUCUACAGUUUCUGUGCCCUUUCUACUGUCUGUCCACUCCAUCCCUGGUAGACUCUCCCUCCUCCUCCUCAUCCCUAACUUACUUCAUGAGUCAGUUCAAGCACCACUAUCUACAUGAAGCCUUUUCUGGACCUCUUCUCCCUCCACCUGUGAGUGUCAUCCUUCCCUAAACUGCCUUUUAUUUAUUUUUUUUUCAUAUGUAUUCUGUAUAUAUGGUUAUGUGUACAUGUUAUAUCUUUGUGUAUAAUGUAAAUAAUUUCCUUGAGAGCAGAGACUGCUUCAUUUUUGCAUUUCUUUGUAUUCCCAGGGCUU